AUGUCAGUCCAUGUUAAGGAGGAAGCAGAAUUAGCAGAUGAAGAAGUGUGUUUGAAGGAGGAGUGUGAGGACAGCACAGACGGAUAUGGUGUGAGCGAGGCAGCCAUGCUGGCCGGCCUGUACGCUGACCACGAGGUGAAGGACGAGCUGGUGCUGGGGCCGGAGUGCCCGCACCGCCCCACAGUCGACCUGGUGGUGAGAGCGUCCACUCUUGUCACCUCUGUGUCGGGCCGGGGCCGGCCGUGCUCGGUCAGGCUGGAGCGCCUGCUGGUGGACGCGGCGCGGCGCACCUGCCGGGUCGGGCGCCGCACAUACAAGCUGCACGCCACCGAGCCCGCACCCACAACCAAUGUCACCACCGCCAUCUAUCAAUGUCACCAUUGCGGCAAACAGUUCAGGAACAAAUCGGUUCUGAAGAAACACCUAAAACAAGACAUGGAAAACUACAUGCAGUAUAAGACAAUAGGAUCAGUAAAAAAGAUCAGAAUGAAACCAAACACUGUACCAUCUAAGUUUAGUCAUAAUAUGCCGAUUGUGAGUCCCAGCCAUACAGCAGAGAGCACCUUAACAACUGUAACCGGUUCAUCAACAUCUUUCCAUGUUAAGGAGGAAGCAGAAUUAGUGGAUGAAGAAGUGUGUGUGAAGGAAGAGUGUGAGGACAGCACAGACGGAUAUGGUGUGAGCGAGGCAGCCAUGCUGGCCGGUCUGUACGCUGACCACGAGGUGAAGGACGAGCUGGUGCUGGGGCCGGAGUGCCCGCACCGCCCCACAGUCGACCUGGUGGUGAGAGCGUCCGCUCUUGUCUCCUCUGUGUCGGGCCGGGGCCGGCCGUGCUCGGUCAGGCUGGAGCGCCUGCUGGUGGACGCGGCGCGGCGCACCUGCCGGGUCGGGCGCCGCACAUACAAGCUGCACACCACCGAGCCCGCACCCACAACCAAUGUCACCACCGCCAUCUAUCAAUGUCACCAUUGCGGCAAACAGUUCAGGAACAAAUCGGUUCUGAAGAAACACGUACUCACUCACUCACCUUUACAUAAUUCUACCCGAGAUUAUGGUUCAGAACAUCAUAUAAUGCUAAACAACCGUAAAAAGCCGUAUAAAUACUGCGAUAAUAAAAACACGAGUGAAAACCCCUAUAAAUGCAACUACUGUGAUUACAAGUGCAAACAGAAAUCACACUUACAGAGUCAUGAAAUGACACAUACAGGUGAAAAACCCUUUAAAUGUAACUACUGCGAUUACAAGUGCAAACGGAAAAGAGACUUACGGACUCAUGAGAUGACACAUACAGGUGAAAACCCCUUUAAAUGCAACUACUGUGAUUACAAGUACAAACAGAAAUCAGACUUACGGAGCCAUGAGAUGACACAUACAGGUGAAAAACCCUUUAAAUGCAACUACUGCGAUUACAAGUGCAAACGGAAAUCACACUUACGGACUCAUAAGAUGACACAUACAAGUGACAAACCCUUUGAAUGCAACUACUGUGAUUACAAGUGCAAACAGAAAUCACACUUACAGAAUCAUAAGAUGACACAUACAAGUGAAAAACCCUUUAAAUGCAACUACUGUGAUUACAAGUGCAAACGGAAAGCACACUUACAGAGUCAUGAAAUGACACAUACAGGUGAAAAACCCUUUGAAUGCAACUACUGUGAUUACAAGUGCAAUCGGAAAGCACAAUUACGAAUUCAUGAGAUGACACAUACAGGUGAAAAACCCUUUAAAUGCAACUACUGUGAUUACAAGUGCAAACAGAAAGCACGCUUACGGACUCAUGAGAUGACACAUGCAGACGGGAGUCGGGCAGAGGCUGGGGACAUGGCACUGGCCUCCGAGACGCACUGUGCUUUAAAUAGGACAAUUAUAUGA